UACAUUCUUAAUGACAUUGUUUCGUUAAAGAGUACUAUGCGUCAGUUCGAGCAGCCAUAAUGCAGAUUUCACUGGUGUUUCUUUGUAGAAUUAACACGGCGUUUGUUCUCUUUGGUGGAUCGUAAAGCUUAGCAGUUAAACCUGGCACGGUCGACUGUUUGCUGCUAGGGACUAAGCGUAACCUUGUUUAAUGUACUUCAUAUUAACGUGCAGGCACGGCUAAUGUAAGUGGUAUGUCUCCAGGGGAUGAACUCCAAAGUCCCUCCCUUGGUUUCAGCUCUACCAGGGAGGAUGUCAGUAUGAGCUGUGGUGAUGCGGCUAGCUCUCAUGAGCUGGGGAGAAGGAGCAGAGCACGCAGCAGUCUCCACACGAGAACCCCAGAGACUGACAUCACUUGUCAUGGAGACUUCUUUGAUGGGAAAAGCCCUUUCUUGAAAAUACUGAAGGAUGCAGAAGCCGCUGCCAACGCUGCUGCCAUUCAACUUGUGUCUUUUAAAGAUGCCAUGGACGAUGAAUUCGCUGAUUCAGAACAGUCCGCCACGGAUAAGCGCCGAAUAACAAGGCAGAGAGGACUUUUGCUGGAGAAGUUGGAGGAUUUUAAACAAAUAAAUAAGUCUGUUCGACAGAAACUGAAACAGCUCCAAGAUUCAGAGGCCGAUCGAAUUGGUGCCCACCAUCAAAUUGACAUCUUGCUGCAUAAGAUGACUCAGGCUGAGAGUGAAAAUCAGCGUCUAAAACAAGAUUUGAGUGAGACAGAACGAAGGGUUGAGGAACUGAUGGAUCUGCGGAGAGAAGAGCAGGAGAACAUAAGGAGUGCAGUUCACUUGACCAAGUCUGUGGAGGCCACUCGUUCUCACCUACAGGGGCAAUUGCGCAACAAGGAAGCCGAAAACAAUCGUCUGACUGUACAGCUACGGACAAUGGAGAGAACCCUGACGGAGCAAAAGAUGGAGGUCGACGAUCUGAAACGCUCCAUCACCUCUUUAACUGAGAAAGCAGCAAAGGACAAAGAAUCUCUCAAGAAAGCCACUCGAGCACAAAAAGUGAGAGCUGAGAGAUUUGAAGCCGCGAUUGAGAAAUGCUAUGCACAAUUGAAGGAAAAGGAUGCUCAACUGGCCAACGCAUGUUUAGAAAGAGACUCCAGGAAACGGCAGAAGGAGCAAAUGACAGACGAGACAGACAAACUCGUGGCUCAUGUAGAGCUGCUAAAAAGUCAAGUUGCAGACUUGACAGCAAGGCUGCAGAAAGAGAAGGAUGAGCUGACUGCGGCUAAUGAAACGAUGAUGCAACGUGUUGAAAAACUCGGCGCUGAAAAUGGAGACCUCAGCGUCAAUAAUGCAGCACUGAAGGCAUCUGUUGCUAAGCUGGAGCAGCAGCUGGCUGAUUGUGAGUCUGCCCUGGUAGAAGAGAUGGCUCUGUCUCAGGAGAGGAAGCAUCAAGCUGAACAGUGCCAAUAUCAGGCUGCCCAGCUUCAAGCCGAGGUAGAUGAACUGAGGAUAAAAUAUGCAAAUCUUUUAAGAGAGGCAGAGAAGACACGAGAUGGAAAAGAUACUGAAGUUGAGAAGGUGAGGCAGGAGCUGCAGGGGCGUGUGGAGGAACUGAAAUCUUACCCUGAGUUACUGAGUGCAGCUGAGCAGAGUCUCUUCGAGUGCCAGGAGAACCUGCAACGCUCGGAGAGGAAGUGCUCAGAAAAGUCAGAGUCCGUUAGGCAACUGCAGGUCAAGAUGGAGAGUCAGAAAAAAAUGCUGCGAUCAUCUGUGGACAUGAAAGAGUCCAUUCAUGAGGCCAAUUUACAACUACAAGAGAAAAUGAAUUCUCUCAACAAGCAGAUGGACCAGAUGCAGCAGGAGAACCUGGAGCUGGUUCGGAGGCUCGCAGCUCAGGAGGAAGCUCUCGGCUACAGUCACCGGCAGCUGGAUCAGCGCUCGACGGAGUGCCAGGCCCUCAGCCGGCAGCUGGAGGCAGCUUUAUCAGACGUCAAACAGCAGGUCAACAAGGUGAAAGACCAGGCUGUUUCCAGAGAAGAGGCCCUUCAGACCAAAAUCCUGGAGCUUGAAGCAGAGAAGAGCAGAAGGGACAAUGAGCUGAGGCUUCUUCGCCAAAGCAAACUCACCGCAGAGAAACAGUUCGAGGUGCGUCUGAAGGACCUGCAGCUCAGCCUGGAACAAUCAGAAAGCCACAAGCAAAGCAUUCAGAACUACGUUGACUUCCUCAAAAAUUCUUAUAAGACCAUGUUUGAUGAGGGACUGCAAACAUCGAGUUUUGGAUCGUCAUAUUUUCUAAAAUGAUGAUGAAAGAUUUGUACUUUUGCAUUGUUUGAUUUUUUUUUCUGUGUGAGUGCUGUAAUAUUGUCAAUUAAUUUAAAAAUGAGGCUGGAAUUUUUAGAUGAAGUAAAAACUUACUUUUGGAUAUGGACAUCAUUUAGCUGACAAUCAGGGACGUUUUUUUUUUUUUUCUUCCAGGUAUGAGAAAUCGGCUGAUGUGUAUUUGUAGCUGAUGUUCCAAGACACGUUAUAUGAUAUUUUCACAUGCGUAUGUGAAUUUUGUACUGUGAACUAUUGGUGCUAGUGUGUCUCAUUCUAAUGCAACAGAUCAAACUUUCUUUUUUCUUUUUGAAGCUGUACGUGCAUACACCUAAUUAUGGAAGCAGUUAUUCACUAUAAUCCAAGUAGUGCAUGAAAACCAAAUAUUGUGAGGGUGCAUACGUCCCCACUAAGUUAAACUGUGGUGGGAAGAAAACAACAUGGUGCUCCUGUUAACCUGCUGACGCUGAAAACAAACCUGUCUGUUAUUGUGGUGGUUAUAAAACAAAGUGUGUGACGUACGUUGUAUGUGUUUAAUGUUCUGUUCUCAGCUGGACUGAGAUGAUUGAUGGUGAAAGUCAAUUGUUCAGCUGUCAGCAGUGAAACUUGUACCUUCGGGGUUGCAGACAUAAUUACUGAGGUACAGGCAACACUGGGAUUUUUCCAAACCACUUUAAACUCUGUUGCUGGUGUUCUUGGUGUGCUUUUGUAAUGGAAGUUUUUACACAGAACGUCGGCAUCUGCUGCGGCACAAUUUACCUAAAAACUGUUUGUUUUUUUUUUGUUUAGUCCCGUACUGGGUCUCCUUGUUCUGUUGUUGUAGCUUGUGGUCCCAUGCUGUAUCUGUGGUAAUAAAAUACCAUGAGUCCAGACUCU